AUGUACGACCUCACACCCGUACCUUCGGUGCUCACGCCGUCCGUACGGAGCGCAGGGGAAGUAGAGUACUCGCGCAAGUAUGUGCGGAAUGGGUGGAUCCACUUUGCCGCCCUGUGCUGGUGUUUCUUCCUGCAAGGGUGGAAUGACGGCACGACUGGUCCUCUGAUCCCUGCGAUCCAGGAGCACUAUCAUGUUGGAUUCGCUGUUGUGUCCUUGAUAUUCGUCACGAACUGUAUCGGCUACCUCAGCGGGGCUUUCGCGAACGUCAUCUUGAAUGACAAGUUAGGAUUUGGCAAGGUUGUAGUCUUGGGCUCUGUCUGCCAAAUCGUAACCUACGCCAUUCAGGCCCCCGCGCCGCCCUUCCCCGUCCUCGUUUGCGCCUACGCCAUUGCAGGCUUCGGCAUUUCCCUGCAGAACGCGCAAGCGAACGGAUUUGUCGGUAGCCUCAAGGACCACGUCGCGGCGAAGUUGUGCAUCCUCCACGGAUCAUACGGAGUGGGUGCGUUCGCGGCUCCACUUGUUGCUACCCAUUUUUCGCAAACAAGACACUGGUCCUUCCACUUCCUGAUCUCGAUCGGCAUCGCGCUCACCAACACCAUCGUGCUCACGAGUGUCUUCCGGCUGAAGACGCAAGAUGAGGUGAUGGCAGAAGCGGGCCAUGGUCCCGGUGAAGUCGGCGGGUCGGCGCAGAGCAACCUGUACCGCGAGAUCCUGGGUCUGAAGGCUUUGCACUUUAUGGCGAUCUUUUCGCUCAUCUAUGUCGGCGUGGAGGUCACCCUCGGAGGAUGGAUCGUGACGUAUAUCAUCCAGAAGAGACAUGGCGGGCCGAGUUCAGGGUAUAUCUCGUCUGGGUUCUUCGGAGGCCUCACCGUUGGACGCAUCGCGCUCAUUUGGAUUAAUCGCAAGGUCGGCGAACGGCGCAUCAUAUUUAUCUACGCGGCCCUCGCCAUCGGGCUCGAAGUGACCAUCUGGCUCGUCCCGAACCUCUACGAAAACGCCGUCGCGGUGUCCUUCAUUGGCCUCCUGCUCGGACCCAUGUACCCGAUACUCGUCGACCACGCGACCAAGAUCCUCCCGCGGUGGCUGCUCACCGGGUGCGUUGGCUGGAUCGCGGGCUUCGGUCAGGCUGGCUCGGCGGUGUUGCCUUUCAUUACGGGCGUGCUGUCGGCGAAGUAUGGAAUCGGGUCACUGCAGCCUUUUAUGGUGGCAAUGAUGGCGACCAUGAUCGGGCUCUGGGCGGUCGUGCCCAAGGCGCAGCGGAGGGUGGAUUGAGCUUGCACAACGGUUAGAGGUCAUUAUGAGUGUGGGGGGCUGUUGUUCUCAAAGCAGAGCGUCGGGUGGGUUUCAAUCCAUGGGUUAUCGGGUGGCAAUAACUAUAGAUUUUCGUUCACGAUGGAUACGAUUGGUCAUGUCAGGGUGCGUACUGUAGAUUUAGAAUAGGUAGAACUGCUGUUAGAUUAUUGAAUGGAUUGUUCACGAUGACCACUAGAUAUUAUCCUGAAUUUCCAGUCCCUGGCAAAUGGCCAGUUAUCCGC